AUGUCAAGAUAUCUCCGACAAUCGAGCCAGCUGGCGCGGCUAGCCAGGCUCUCUCAACAAUCAAAUUAUCAUAAGAGUCUACGAUUGUCGGCAGUGUCACGAUCGACUUCCACACGGAAACUUCCAGGUGCCUAUGGCAUAUCUGUGAGGUGCUAUUCCUCUUCAAAGCCGCCGCAGCCAGACGAGGACUCGAAGGCGGACAAAGACGAUAGACCUGAGUUGUCCAAGAAACAGAGCGAGGCGAAAAACAAGGCCAGCGAAGAGAGAGGUGCCGAGUCCAUGAAACUUGCCCCACUUCCCGAAGGAUGGAUUCGACUAUCAAAAGACGAAAUUGCCCAACUAGAUGCCUUUCAGAAGGUUCUACCGGAGGCUCAAAGGGCCACGCUGAAGGACAUUCUGCGAGGACUGCAGCAGACUGGUGCGCCUGCCGAGGUCCGUGACUUGCUUGCCAAGAUGCGCAAAGGUCCUGGCAACUUGUCCAUAUUGGACAAGGGCCGACUGAUGCGAUGCGUAUUCAUGAUGGCUGAGCGUUUGGCAGAAUGGGAAGUUGAGGAGCAACGAAAAGGGAACCGAAUGUUUGAUCAGAACCAACGACCGGACCACGACCACAGUGGUGAACAGGCUGGCAAGAGUGAGCCCGAAUUCGAAACUCACGAUAAAAAGUCACAAGAGGGCCGAUCACAUCGGCAGGGUCCUGGAGGUCCCAAAAAGCCAGAGCGAAAUGGCUGGAUGGACGCUCUCCAGACUGGUCUAGUCCUCGGUAUCACCCUUUGGGCUGUUGACUCCUUCAGCAAGUCGUUUUCUGAAAAGGAAAUCACCUGGCAGGAGAUGCGCAGAGCUUUCCUGGAUAAGGGCCUUGUGCAGAAAAUGGUUGUGGUCAAUGGCUCUCAAGUUCGUGUCGAACUGCAUCCUGACGCUCCUGGAGCCGACGCUGGCGCCGGUGGCAAGAGGACCUACAUUUUCACCAUUGGCUCCGUGGAGUCGUUCGAGAAGAAGCUUGAAGAGGCUCAGGAUCAGCUCGGCAUCCCGGCUUCGGAGAGAAUACCCGUCAGCUACGAGGCUGGCGGUAGCACGAUUGGUAACCUCCUACUGGCUUUUGGCCCAACCCUACUAUUCAUCGGUCUCAUCCUGUGGACUCAGCGUUCCAUGAGCGGCCGGGCUGGCGGUGGUGGCAUGUUCAACUUUGGCAAGAGCAAAGCCAAGAAGUUCAACGCCGAGAGCGCUGUCAAGGUCAAGUUUGCUGACGUGGCCGGCCUGGAGGAAGCCAAGACUGAAAUCAUGGAGUUUGUCAGUUUCUUGAAGCAACCCGAGAAGUUUGAGAAGCUUGGCGCCAAGAUUCCUCGAGGUGCUAUUCUGGCCGGCCCUCCAGGUACCGGAAAGACGCUUCUCGCGAAGGCUACCGCGGGUGAAUCCGGGGUUCCCUUUUUCAGUGUGAGCGGUUCAGAAUUCGUCGAGAUGUUUGUGGGAGUUGGACCUUCCAGAGUUCGCGACCUGUUCGCCGAGGGUCGCAAGAACGCACCAUGCAUCAUCUUCAUUGACGAAAUCGAUGCCAUUGGCCGUGCGCGAAUGGAAAGCGGACGGGGGUUUGGUGGCAACGAUGAACGAGAGGCCACGCUAAAUCAGAUUUUGACCGAAAUGGACGGCUUCAACACUCGCGAACAAGUCGUCGUCUUGGCUGGUACUAACCGCGCAGACAUUUUGGACAAGGCUCUCAUGAGACCCGGGCGAUUUGAUAGACACAUCUUUAUUGACCGGCCAACCAUGAGCGGACGCAAGGAAAUCUUCAAGGUGUAUCUGAAGAAGAUUGUCACCAACGAAGACCAAGAUUUCCUUGUUGGCCGCCUCGCCACUUUGACUCCUGGCUUUUCCGGUGCCGACAUCUCCAACGUUGUCAAUGAAGCAGCCCUCAUUGGUGCGUACCCAUUCUCUCUCUCUCUCUCUCUCUCUUUCUCUUUCUCUUUCGCCAUAUGUGUAUGUGUGGUUUUAAUGCUAAGGAGUAUGGCAGCUGCCCGAGGAAAUGCCGAGGAAGUCAAAAUGAUACACUUUGAGCGAGCCAUUGAACGCGUGAUUGGAGGGUUGGAGCGCAAGUCCCUUGUGUUGAAGCCUGACGAGAAGAAGACGGUGGCCUAUCAUGAGGCUGGGCACGCCAUCUGCGGAUGGUUUCUUCGCCACGCCGACCCUCUUUUGAAGGUGUCUAUCAUCCCUCGUGGUCAGGGUGCGCUUGGAUAUGCACAGUACUUGCCCCAGGACGCCUACCUGAUGAACACCAACCAGCUGAUGGAUCGCAUGGCGAUGACCAUGGGGGGUCGUGUUUCGGAAGAACUUCACUUUCCUACAGUGACUACUGGUGCAAGUGACGAUUUCAAGAAGGUGUCACAAAUGGCGCGAAAUAUGGUUACCCAAUGGGGCAUGUCUGACAAGGUCGGGCCUGUUUUUUUUGAGAACGAUCCGAACCGGAUGCAGAAGCCGUUCGCCGAGGCAACGGCUCAACAAAUCGACCAGGAGGUGCACAGAAUCGUGGACGAAGCCUAUCAGCGAUGCAAGGACCUCUUGCUCGAGAAGAAGCGCGAGGUUGGGCUCAUUGCCGAGGAGCUACUGAAGAAGGAGGUGCUUGUCCGAGACGACAUGGUUCGCAUUCUGGGCAAGAGGCCGUUUGAGGACAACAACGAGGAGUUUGAGAAGUAUUUCGGAGGCGGCAAGGAAGAGAGCGCACCGCCACCAUUCCCUGCCGAGGAGACUGAUACACCAAAGGAAGGACCUGGGGCGCCGGCGCCAGCGUUUAGCCAACACACGGGGGGUCUCUCAGGUUUAUCCCGUCUUUUGAAAGACCAAGGCAAAAAUCUGGGAGACAGAAGCGACACAGGUUACACAGCAGCCGAUGUGAAUUUGAUUGAUAUGCUGGGAACUUGA